AUGGCGACGUUUGGUGACGAGCCAGUCGACAGCUAUUUCUAUUCCUAUAAUAAUAACCCGUACUCGGGCAGAUACUCCAGAGCCAAAGACGCUGGGUGGAAAUAUAAAAGUUACCUGAGCCACUAUGGCGGCGACUCUGACGCCUUCAACAACCAGCAGCGCGCUCACCUCAAGUCCAUCUUAUCCCAGAUCAACCCCAAACUCACCCCGAGGCUCCGGAAGGCCAACACCAAGGACGUGGCGGUGCAGGUCAACCCGAAGAGGGACGCGUCGGUGCAGUGCUCCAUCGGCCCGCGGACGCUCCUGUCCAUGAAGCGGGACUUCCGGCGCAAGAGUCAGCAGCAGGAGGAGGAGGAGGCGAUGUCGCCCGGCGGCAGGAGCGGCAGCGGCAGCCCCAAGCCAGCGAGCGGGGUGCGUUACCCCCGCACCCUCGCCGUGUAUUCGCCUAUCGCCUACAGGAGCGUCACCUCCUUCCUGGUGGACGACAACAACAACAACAACAACAAUGACGACGUGAAGGAAACGUCCUGCGCUGACGCGAACACCGUGACGCCGGGCGAGCCGCCCGACACCCAGGCGACCGAGAGUGGAGAGAAAACACAAGUCCACAUUCUGAACGAAAAUAACAAAAUCAAACAAACUACAAAGAGCGAGGACACCCUGCCAGCUGCAGAAGGGUCAAAGGUCAAGGCGCGCGUGCGCUUCCAGUUUCUGGAACAGAAGUACGGAUAUUAUCACUGCAGAGAAUGCAAUCUGCGAUGGGAGAGCGCCUAUGUGUGGUGUGUUCAGGGAACCAACAAGGUUUACUUCAAGCAGUACUGUCGGAAAUGCCAAAAGGAAUUCAACCCAUAUCGCGUUGAGGACAUCACAUGUCACACUUGCAACAAAGCACGUUGUUCGUGUGCAUUAACACAGCGUCACGUUGACCCCAAACGGCCCCACAGACAGGACCUGUGUGGCAGAUGCAAAGGCAAGCGUCUCUCCUGUGACAGCACGUUCAGCUUCAAAUACAUCAUUUGAGGAGCGUCUCAACUGAACUUUGCCUCUAAUUCAAGUCCUCUGUGGGGCAGCAGCAUCUUCAGCCCAGCGCCAUAUUUACUUGAAUGUAAAGCGCAUGUUAUGAAACUUAUUUUCACGCCUGUUUUGUUGAUGAAAUUGGUAAGAAAGGAUAAUAAAUGGCUACCAUGCA